CAUUAAAGUUUUUUAUGAAAUACACUCAGUAAAUAAAAAUGGUAGCAGAGUUUACGCAUAUAAUUGGUUUUCAAAAAUUUUUGGUAUGGUUUGGUCUUGUGACACUUUUAUAUUACUUGUAUCACACAGUUUAUUUUACAUGGAUGAUUUUGUAUUGUUACUUGUUGCCAGCUCUGGGUUUUUAUAAAGAUUUGAAAAAAUAUGGAAAAUGGGCUGUAGUCACUGGUGCAACAGAUGGCAUUGGAAAGCAUUAUGCAAUUCAACUUGCUAAAGCUGGACUCAAUGUUGUUUUGAUUAGUAGAACAGAGUCAAAACUUAAUGUGCUUGCUCAAGAAAUUAGAAAUUUAUAUGGUGUUUUAACGAAAGUAAUUGUUUAUGAUUUCAGAAAUCCUAAUGGAUAUAAUGCAGUAAAAGAAGAAUUAUCUCCAAUGGAUAUUGGUAUUCUCAUAAACAAUGUUGGAAUUAAUUAUGAAAGUUCACUUUUUCUUUCUUAUCAUGAGUGUGAUUUGAAUAAAAACAUUGACGCUUUGUAUGCUAAUGUAUUUUCCGAUGUCCAUAUGACUCACAUGGUUCUAAAAGGUAUGAAUGAGCGCGGUCGUGGGAUCAUUGUUCAUAUUUCUUCUGCUUCUAUAUAUAUAGAGAGUCCUGAAUCUUCUUUUUACAUUCCAACUAAAUCAUUUAUGACAAAGUUUGUUAAAAAUUUACAACUCAAUGCAUCUUGUGUUGAGCAACAGUUAGUUGUGCCCCUUUAUGUUUCUACCAAUUUAUCGCAAAAGAAGCCAUCCUUUUUUGUUCCUACAAGUGAGAACUAUGUUAAGCAAUCUUUGCGAACAAUUGGUUUAGCUAAAGUCACUCACGGUUGUUUAGUUCAUGAGUUUCAAGCCAUAUUUAUGAUGUUUGUGCCACAGUGUUAUAUAACCUACAUUAUCAAAAAAAGUCAUUAUAAACAAGAAUAGAUUUUUCUCUGGUUUGAAUGUUUAUAUGUAUGGAGUUAUAACAAAGUUAUCAUUAUAUAUGUGUAUAUAUGUACUAUUGCAUAUAUAGACAA